UAGCUUGCGAAGGUGUCAUGGCUGCUGCCGUUGAGCUUAGUCUCUCGAGCAGUGGUGACAGGAGUCUGGAGCGGAGCUGCAGCCCCAAUCUCUCCCAAGAGGUGCUCUGCGAAAUCUUUCGCUCUCUGCAUAGCCUGGUGGGACAACUUAACCUCAGAGAUGAUGUGGUGAAAAUUACAAUCGAUUGGAACAAGCUCCAGAGCCUCUCGGCAUUCCAGCCUGCUUUGCUCUUUAGUGCACUUGAGCAACAUGUUUUAUAUUUACAGCCUUUUUUAGCAAAGCUGCAGCCUCUGAUUAAAGAGGAGAAUACAACUGUUGUUGGAGAGAUAGAAAAAACAGAAACGGGGAACAAGAGUGAAGUAAAUGCCAAAUUUCCCAUUAGUGACCUACAAGAGGAAGAAAAGCACAAAGAUUGUGAUUUAGGAGAUGUGAAAAAGACACAGAUCCAUUAUGAUCCAGAAGUAGUUCAAAUAAAGGCUGGAAAAGCAGAAAUUGACAGACGAAUAUCUGCAUUUAUUGAACGAAAGCAAGCCGAAAUCAAUGAAAACAACGUCAGGGAAUUUUGCAAUGUUAUUGAUUGUAAUCAAGAAAACAGUUGUGCAAGAACUGAUGCUGUUUUUACUCCUUACCCGGGAUUUAAAAGUCAUGUAAAAGUUUCUAGAGUUGUGAAUACAUAUGGACCACAGACCAGACCUGAAGGAAUUCAGGGGUCAGGUCCUAAACCUAACAGCUUGCUCCGAGAUUGUGGCAAUCAGGCUGUCGAAGAACGACUACAAAAUAUUGAGGCUCACUUGCGAUUGCAGACAGGUGGUCCAGUGCCAAGAGACAUUUAUCAGAGAAUUAAAAAACUUGAGGAUAAAAUCCUGGAACUGGAAGGAAUCUCUCCUGAAUAUUUCCAAUCUGUAAGCUUUUCUGGAAAAAGAAGAAAAGUUCAACCACCUCAACAGAACUACUCACUGGCUGAACUUGAUGAAAAAAUUAGUGCCCUCAAACAAGCCCUGCUCAGAAAAUCAAGAGGAGCAGAACCCCUGGCUACUCACCACCUUCCAUGAAAAACUCUUCUCAUUCUUGUCAUUUGACUUUUUUAUAUACGUGUAACUUACCCUGCAGUUAAUUCAAUGGCUGUGUAGUCAUCGGUGUAGCUUCCCUCUGAAGGCAGUGUUUCUUUUCAUGUGAGUCCACGUGCAGCACGUUACCUUCAGAUAUUCCAGUGGAUUUUGAAAUGGUUAGGCAGUAAAAACAGCAUUGUCAGUAUGUGUUCCCUUCUGUUUUAAAGGAGGUAUUCUGGAAAUUGAGAAACUUAAAUUGAAAGCACAUCUGUGUGUGUGUGUGUGUGUAUACCACAGAAAGCAAGAUUUAUUUUGAAUAAUAUUUAAAAGGACUUUAUAUUUGUAACAUCAGCGUUAACCAGUUCAUUAGUUUAAAUCCAACUUUGUACAUAAGAGGCAUUCACAAAAAUUUAUCAACUGAAUAUUAAAUGAAUGCAUACACUUUUUUUAAAUGUCAGUUUUAAUGUAAAUAAACAGUAGAUCCCACCUUUAUUCCCUUCCUGACUGUGUGUCCUUGAGCAAGUUAAUCUCUUUCUACCUUAAUUUCCAUAUCUACAAAACGGCAGUAAUAAUAAUAAAACCUAGAGUUGUCAUGAACAGGUGAGAUCAUGCAUGCACAGCUUUUGAAACUGGCCCAAGGGAAGUGCUCAGUAAAUGUUAGCUGUUACUACUGUAUAAAACCAAGUCUGUCUUUGAAAGUCUUUAGAUGUCAUAAAUGUCCCGCUCUCAAGAGCCUCACUUUUUUAGUGUCCCAGUUAUGUUAGUGUAUGUAUUUCCGUAGUUGCAAAUUAAACAUUUAAUAAGAUGCAGCUACAGUCAAGGAGCAGAUAUUUAGGUCAAGAAUUGUUUGGCUGAAGAGAUCAGAAAUCUACCUAAAAUAGCCUGUAAAUAGGAAGUUGUUAAAAAGAAUCAGAAAUCUGGAAUUUAACUGCAAGAAGUAUAGCCAGACAUUGUGGUGUCUAGGAGGUCACCAACAGUUCAUCUCUUUCUCUGUGUCUGCAGUGGCCUCUGGCUGUUUCUAUGACUAGUUCUGUCUCUGUCUCCUACCUUCCUUAUUUUUGCUCGCCCUCUUCCUGUGUCUCUUUCCCUCUCUCUCUCUCCUUUGUUCUUUUUCUCUUACACCUAAGCAUCCGUGCGUCUGGUUUAUUCUAUUUGGACUGAUUUCCUCUGAAGGCCUCUACAUUACUGCUUCUCCACACAGGGCAACAUGCUAGCCCUGUCUCCAUAGCCUUGGCAUUCAUGCCUUUGAGUUGCCAUGGUGCAAACUCCGAAUCCAGCUCUGUAGAACCUCACAACUCCACUGACCCACUUACCUCUUGGUAUCUCUUAGCUCAGCUCCUGAGACUGAAGCUCACUCAGCAUGAUCAGGGGUCUCAGGCAGUUGUGGCCAGGAUGACAGGGCAGGACCUUCUCACAGAAACAGGCAAUAUGCACACGACCUCACGCAAGCAUUUGCAGAAGCCUUGACAGUGGAGUCACCUGGUAGAAAAUGGGGGCUUUGGAAUCAUUCCCAAGAAGUGGAUGUGGACUAGGUAUAUUCCCUGAACAUCUUUAUUCUCUGCAGAACAACUCCUCCUUCAAGACACAGUCUCGCCUAAUGUGAUCCAGUUUUAGAGGUGCAGCUACAAGCGGCUGCUCCUCAAGUCUCCAACUGGUUGUUGUAAUCACCAUCCUGCCUGAAUGACCUCCUCUGGGUGUAUCAGCACAUUUUACUACCACCACGCCAAAGAUACAAUAGGAAAGACGUCAUAAAAAUGAUCAAUUAGAAAAAGAGGUUGACUUAGAGGUAGGGAAAAAAAUCUAGAAAAAAGGAUCAAAUAGUGGUCACUAGUCUGCCAUUAAAUAAAUGUCCCCAGUCUGUUUCUUGACCCUCUUGGCAGUAGAAUAAAUUCCUAAAUCAUGCCUCACGGUCCCAGGAUCUGUCCAUUAGAAGGAUUUCCUUUUCCCAUCAUCCUUCAGACCUUCUGAAAGGCAUUAGAGUUGACCUCUCUCCACUUCAGUAAGUAUUGUCUGGGAACAGCAACCUUUCUACUUGAGUCAGAACCUCCAGAAGAGACUAGGACCAACACCAUAUUGUUGUGAGUUGGUAUAGGUGCCUUGUUCUUCUGAUAACUGCCCCAGAAUUUUAGUGAGCUUUCAGUCCUUGUCUUUCUUGAGUAGUACAUCCUUGACUAAAAGGCAAUGCCAGGAAUUUCUGUGGGGUUAAGCCUGCUUCCUUGAUUACCAGGCUACCUAAUGACCAUUCCCUCAGGUUUUUUGUUAUUUUGGCUCUUCUUACACCCAUUGUUCUUAAUGGCUUUGUUCUCAAGAGAAUAAAGGAGGCAAAGUGGAAAAAGGCUGCAGAACAGAAAGCACUUCUUCCAUAGUCUAGCCCUAAAAAUCCCUUCCCUCCACAGAUUACAUUCCAAUCUAAGAAAGCGAUUUACUAGGGGUCAGGAGUUAGCAUGGGUGAUAGUAAUCAACAUGUUUAUCCUGCAAAAAAGGGCUAGGUUUCACAGACUAUUGUAGCUACUGCUAGAUAUCUUCAAUUGCUAGGCUCCUGAGCCCUGAGCUUCUCCAAAUUCAUGAGGAGUAUCUGAACCUCGUCUUCAACAGUCUUAGUAGAAAAGACUUCCCUUUAUGAAACAGAUACAUAAGCCCUGUCUUUCCCUAUCUGCUUUUAGCCACACAACCUGGUAUAGAAGACUUUUCACCACUGCAUUUUAAUCACGUCCAUAGGGAAUUAACCCAUUCCUACAUUUCGACAUUUGACAACUUUUAAAUCUGAAGCUUUGUCUUUACUGACAUGUGGUUUGGGGUCCCAAGAGAUUUGGGACAAUUGCUUAGCUACUGUGCUGUCUCUUACCUCCAUUCUACCAGUUUUCCAUGAAGAGGGAAUCCUUUCUGUCACUCCUGUCUUUGCACCAUCCCUCUGCCUGUCACAGUUAGUUCUUCCUUUUCACUCAGAGUCUGUUACUUGCAAUCCCAUUGCUAGCACUAAUUUCUGUUUUAGGGAUUUGUUGUUUUCAAAAAACAGAAACCCAACUCUAACUUAAGUAAAGGGGUGUUAUAAAGAAUAUGAGUAAUUAAAAUUGUAGGAAGUUCAGCCAGAUUUUGUCACCGUCUCCCCCUCACUGGGUCAUGUUGCCUGGAUUCUGAAUAUCCUUUUCAUUUUGCUUGACCUCUCUGAAAAUGUCUUCUUUUCUGCUGCUUUGCAGUCUAGUUUUGCAUAAGACUUUGAGGUCUGUGGUGCUGCUAUCUCUGAUCUAGCUCUUUGGCUCUGGUGCCCCAUACUUAUUAUGAUUCAAAAUCUGAAAAAAGAGGAAUUUAUAUUCAAAACUGUCUACCCCUGCACCAAUUACCUGUGGCCUGAGUGUUAGGAUAUCCAAGAACAAAAAGAGGCGAGGCACGUGCACCCAGUCCUUUGAGGAAUGAGGGGAACUUCCGGCAAAGAAAGCAUGGGCCAAAACUCUGCCCCUGUGACCCAGGCUGAUGAAAAGUCCUGUGAUCCAAGGCUUUAUAAAGUUUUUAGUUCUCUAGGAAAUACUCCCCCACCUCCAUGACUUUAUCUGAGAUACUACGUGGGUCCACUGAACAAAAUUUUAGCUCUGGGUUUCUUUUUUUGAG